CCGUAUAAAGGGAUUUGGAACCAGGGGUUUACCUGCUACCUGAACAGCGUCCUGCAGGUGCUCUUCAUGACCCCAGACUUCACAGAAGCCCUCCAGAGAAGCCCCCCCGGAUCACUAGAUAGUCAUCUGGAGGAGCUUUUUGAUGACUUGAAGAAACAAAACGGCAAUACUUAUAAAAUCACGAAGGCGCUGGGAAUCACUGAUGUUUAUGUUCAGGCUGAUGCUGCUGAAUGCUUUGAGAACAUAUUGAGGAAUAUAACCAAUACUGAAGCGUCUCAGAUAUUUCAGGGUGUGCUGACAGUCAAGAACAAAUGCUCCAAAUGUGACACUGAGACAUGUGAUGAUAAUCCAUGCUGGAGUCUCCCUCUGGAACUGGUGGAUUCAGAGGCAGAGUACAGAGUUGAGGACGGCAUCACUCAAUACUUCCAUCCGUCAGAGGUCAGCGGUCCGGACCAGCUGUUCUGUGAGGACUGUGAUGCCAAAACUGAUUCUACAGUUAAACUUGAACUGAAACAACAUCCUGAAGUUCUGAUGCUGCUGCUGAAGAGGUUUAAGUUUAAUUACAGUAAUAUGCAUUAUUACAAAGUGCAGCGCAGAGUGGAGCUUCCUCUUAUUCUAGAGAUUCAGAACCAGACAUAUGAGCUGUAUGCAUUUGUGGAACAUCGUGGUUAUUUAAAAAGUGGACAUUACACUGCAAAUAUCAAGUCCCACGAGGAUGGGAAAUGGUAUCACUUUAAUGAUGAUAGAGCUAAUCAUUACUAUCAGUUCUUCCAACUGGAUACAAAGGAGACAUCUCGGAGUGCUUAUCUGCUGUUCUACAGGAAAAUUUCUGCAGACGAAGCGUUGAAUGAAGAAAGUAACAAGGAGUGCACACCUGAAUCCUCUGAAACACUCAGAGGUGAAACAAAUGAACCAAAAGAAUGUAAUGAGAAGACUGUAGACAGUCAGAGGAGCCAUGAGAAACCACAGAGCUGUGACAGUGAAGAAAGACAAGAAACAGAGGAGAGUCUUGAGAAGAAAAUAAUUAGUGUGGAGAAAGAAGAAGAGUUGAAAGAUCAGAUGAUGAAGAGUUUGAGGAAAGAAGAAGAAAAAUUUAAAGAACAGAUGAGGAUGCGUUUGAUGAAAGAAGAAGAAGACUUGAAAGAUCAGAUGAUGAAGAGUUUGAGGAGAGAAGAAGAAAACUUUAGAGAUCGGGUGAAGAUGAAUUUAAAGAAAGAAGAAAAAAACUUUAGAGAACAGAUGAUGAUGAAUUUGAAGAAAGAAGUUGAAGAGUUGAAAAAAGAGAUGAUGGUGAAUUUGAGGAAAGAAGAAGAAAACUUUAGAGAUCAGAUGAGGAUGAAUUUGAAGAAAGAAGAAGAAGAGUUGAAAAAAGAGAUGAUGGUGAAUUUGUGGAAAGAAGAAGAAAACUUGAAAGAUCAGAUGAGGAUGCGUGCUGAGAAGCAGAAAGAAGAAGAAAACAUACCAGAACACCAGACAAAAGCUUCCAAACAUUUGACAUUUUAUGACCUUUAUAAGAAUCCGUUACAGAGCAGUGGAGAUGAAAGCAGAGUGAGAUCUUCAGAGAGGAGUCAGGAACUAGAGGGAGAGAACAGGAGAAGAUCAACACAGCAUGAGCAACAGAGCGAGAACAAAUCCACUGAGAACAACAUUUAUACAGGAAAUUCGACAGGGAGAAGUAUCCAGAGCAACAGAAAUAUGGAGACAGUAGAAGUUCAAAGAGGAGAUUUCAGAGCAGAACAUGUUCACAGCAGUAAUGUCUCAGCUUUAGUGAAAGAUUUUGAAAGCUUAAGCAAUGAAGCCUGUGGUCAAAGCAGAGAUGAUCCCUCAAACAUGAAUGUAGAACAUGAUGAAGGAAGCAGGAAGAACUCAUGUAUUCAACAGAGAGACACAGAUACUGGAAACAAACAGAGAACAAAUGAUCAGCUUCCACAAACUGGAGGAACUACACUGACUAAUGAUGGGUGUGAUGAUGGUUCUGAUUCUGUUCAUCGUUCUGGAGGAUCACAUCGUUCAGCAAUUUCAGUUAGAUUCAAAAAUCAAAGUCCAGGGAAAAAAAAUGAUUCUAUACCACGAUCUAAUGUGGAAAAAAGAGAAGAUUCAGAGAAUUCCUGUGACCAAGAAGAUCACCAAAGUGAGCACUCAAAUGAGAUCCUUCAGCAGGAUGCAACAUAUGGAUCAAACAUGCAGCGGCAAUGUUACGAUGCUUCUCAACAUUAUAAUUUCCAACAAUGCAGCACAGAGAUGACACCUGAACACAGAGCUCCAUCAACCUGUGAUUCAGUGAACCAUUUGACAAAAUCAUUAAUGACCAUGACUUUGAGAGACAGGCAGACAGAUCUCACAAAUGAAAUCGUAAAAACAGAAAGCAGUGAUCAGCAAAUGCUAUCUAACACUCAUGGGUGUGGCUACCAUCUGGUUUCUCCAAACUACCUUCAUUUAUCUCAGACUUACCCAAACUCACAAAGUCAUGCGGCAUGUUUUAAUCCCUCCUACUCACAGCACAACAUACCUGAGUAUACUGAGAGCUGGAGUCAGCAAAUUAUGUAUAACACUCAGUGUUGGUAUGACAUCAAUCCAGUGUCUCCAGUCCCUGUUUCUUCCUGUCCAAUUUACCAAAAUUCACCAGGUAAUACAGCAUUUCUUUGUCCCUCCUACUCAAGGCACAACAUGCCUGCUGAAUAUGUCACUGCUCCCACAGACACUUUGGUUAUUUCGACUCCUUUUGGUCCCUCAAUGGAACCAAUGAAUCAUAUUUCUGCUCACCAUGAGCCUGCUGGUUCACAGUCAGGUUCUGGAAUCGGAACCAGAACACAGUUCAGGUCUGAAAGUCUGACGCGAGAAACUCGAGCAGAGCUCAGUCACGACUGCAGGGGGCGAGACUCUGCUGGCUCACAGGUACAAGUCAUAACUAUUGACCCAGCUGAUCCUAGAGCAAUAGGGGGGGUGUGUGGUUGUUUCUACCCUAAAACUCAUAAGUUGUGACCAACAACAGUUAAAAAUGAACAUUUUUGUUUCAGCCCAAACUUUGACUUUUACGUUGUGUAGUGUUCUUAUUCAGAAAAUCUUUUGAAUUAAAAAAAAUGUAAAAAGCAGUGAUUAUUUAAAGUGAUAUCUUAAAAAAAAAAGGGGGGGGGGGGGCUUUUUUCCUAAUGAUAUUUCCUCUAAAUACAAAUAGAAUAUAACAAACAACUUAUUGCAACAUAAUAGUGGUUGGAUUGUACACGUUUACUUUGUCCCACUACUUUUCAAACAAUUAAUCAAUCUCCAUUUGAUCAAUCACUAUAUUUCAUGGAAUCAUGAGUGUGUUGUAUAUGUAAGUGUAAAUAAGUCUGUUUGCAUGUUAUUAUGUCAAGAAAAUGACAUCACCCUAUUGUCUUUAUUUUCCAAUCAGUUUAUGAAUUUAUAUCUUUAAAAGGUUUGAUACAUUUUUGUAUUUUUCCUUUGUUUUUAAUGCUUGAAAACAAACAAAAUGUGUGUGUAGCAUUACUUGGUUUGCCAAGUAUUAUAAAAAUAGUAUUUUUCAGCUCAAUACUGUCAAAACUUUUAAAUCUUGUUCUGUCAAUAAAAUCUUAACGCUUGUGUAUGAAUAUGUGUAUAUAUUAAAACAUUAAAAGUCACAGAAUGUUUCCUGUUUUUUUGUCAGUAGCAUCUUAUUUUGUAUUUUCUGGAGUAUAGUAUGGAUGAGCUCUUUUUUUUUACAAUUCACAAACCAAGUUUGAAUACGUAUUCCUUACCCAAUCAUUUGAAUGUUUUAAUUUUUUUUUUAAUAUAAUUUUAUUUUCGAACAAGAACAAUGAUAAAACAGAGAAAAUGAAAAGAGCAAAAGCAAACAAACAAGAAACAAAGCAAAACAAAGAAAUUUCUCCCACAAUUAAUCUAGUAUGCAACAAGAGAUGUUCGUAGUUCGAAAUAAUAUAGUUUUCUAUCUUUAAUUUAGUCUUUUUAGCACAUUUGAGACUCUCAUGCUAUGUUAUAAAGACUAACUGAGUCUAAAUGUCUGAAACUCUAAAUGAAAAUAAAUAUAAAUAUCUUAAGAACAGAUUAAAAAAAAAUCUUGAGGAUGACCUUAUAUCCUUUAGAGUAAGAAAAAACCGAGAGGGUGAUAUGGUGCAUA